CUGCUGGAGCGCUUCAACCUGCCCAUCAGCGCCCCCGGUAUUGCCGCCGAGGACGUGCUGACGGCCAUGUCGCUGGACAAGAAGGUGCAGUCGGGCACUAACCGCUGGGUCAUGCUGGAGGAAGUGGGCCGCUCGGUGGUGCGUCAGGACGUCCCGUGGGAGCUGGUGGAGCGCACCGUGCGGGAUCUGACGGGCCUCUCACUGAACAUGGACAGAGUCAGUGAUAUGAGCCAGUCCGUUCCAAUGGAACCCUACGAAAACGGCGAUGCCGUAGUUGCCGACUACCGGCAGCAAUCCCGGGAAUUCCUGUCCAAAGGCCGGGAGACUGGAAGUGAGAGCGACUUGCACAAGGCUGCAGAAAAGGGCUGGGGUGCGGCCGCGUGGAUGGCCAAGGCCGUAGCAGAGUCCCGAGGCUGGAAGUACGCCCGGCACGACGAGUUCUUUACGGUGAUGUAUCAGGCUCAAGAUCUAACUGGGGACACACGAUUGCGGAACCUUGGGAACACGGCAAACACGCUGCACGGAUACUUUUAUACCCGAAAGCGGUUCCUGCGCCCAGAGAUUAUCGGCGAGAGUCUCACCGACGUCGAACAAGCUGUGGAUCAUCCUGCAGCGUGGACGCGAGGGGUCGUAACAGGCCCUCGCGCUAGUGCCUCCGCCGAGUCCGGCGCUGCCUGA